AUGCUAAUUACUUUAGCGAUCUCACUUACCGUUUUCAAUCUCGUCAAAUGUACGUACGUGAUAUCCGUAUACGGGGACGUGAGAAAAGACGCGAAAUUCUUCACGCAGACAUACCCCUGGGUCAUAGACAAUAUUGGGGGCGAAGUGGUCGUGGACUACUACCUUCUCGGCAGUGGGAGAUACACUGUUCCGCAGAUGUGCGCCUUGAACGAGUUAAGGCUGAAUACGUUCCUGCAAGCGCAGUUCCUGAAGUGCGAAGCUGAGGGUACCCCGAGCGAAAUCUGCCUAUGCGAAACCGGAAUUGACUUGGCGAGGUUCAGACACUGCGUCCUCACAAAAGGCUCUCUCGCUAGCUUCGCAUCCUCAAAAUACAGCCAGCUGGGCAUUGACGCCAGCCCCGUAGUGGAAAUUGGGCCACGGAACACCGUCUUCGAAGUGGAGGCGACUUGGUUCCUGAAGAAGAUCUGCACCAUAUUCGGCGACAACUUGCCGAGGGGCUGCGUCAAACCUUUCGCGUGCAACCACACAGAAAUCGAUUACGACAAUAACAGGUUCAACUACAUUGACUGCGGCAAAUGCACUCACACGUACGAAUAUACAUCAACUACGCCUACCGCAACAUUUUUAGCGCAA